ACGCGUUCCCACAGUCCUCCGCGGCAGCUGCUAUGGAGGCCGGCAGGACAGCUGUGCUCCGGGUGAGGCGGAAACGCAGCGCAGAGCCUGCUGAGGCUCUUGUCCUUGCUUGUAAGCGCCUCCGGAGCAGCGCAGUCGAGUCGGCGGCCCAAAGGACUCCUCCUGAGGGCCUGGAGAGAGCAGCGGAGAAUAAUGUCUUCCAGUUGGUGGCCACCGUGCGCUCCCAGGAGGAACCAGUCCAGCCGUUAGUGCGGGCCGCCCUGCGACCCUCCGGGGGCAGCCAGCUGCGUAUCCGCCGCAGCCUCCGCGCUUCUGCUCGGGAGAUCCGGCAGGAGGGCCGCUACAGAGUGGUCUCUAACCACCGAUCCUCGGGGAUUCCCUUGGGUGUCCUGGAGUCCGAAGACGCUCCGGAAAAACCAGAAGCCGCCGAGGGUGCAGGCUUCCAGCUGUUCGACCUGGUCCACGAGGAAGGAGACUCAGAGGCCGCCGCCAGGGUCUCCUGCAAAACAUCUGACCCAGAUGUGAUCCUCUGCAAUUCCACAGAGCUGAUCCGUGAGCGGUUGACUGUAUCUGAGGAUGGACCAAGAGCUGGGCACCAGGAGGAACAGAAGGGUGACUAUGUAUAUGACAUUUACUACUUAGAGAUGGCCACUCCAGGAUGGAUUGAGAAUAUCCUCUCUGUGCAGCCCUACAGCCAGGAGUGGGAACUGGUGAAUGAUGACCAAGAACCAGAGGACAUUUAUGAAGAUGAAGAUGAUGAGAACAGUGAGAAUAAUUGGCGCAAUGAAUACCCAGAGGAGGAGAACAGUGAUGGAGAAGAAGUUUGCAGAGGCUCGGAUGAAUACAGCAGCCUCAGUGAAGAGGAAAGAGGCAAUAGUGAACCACGUAUAUGGAGCAAAUACCCUUUGGACGUGCAGAAGGAGUUUGGCUAUGACAGCCCCCAUGACCUGGAUUCCGACUGAUCCUGUGAUAUCCCUUGUGGGCUCUGUAACUGCAGUAUCAGCACCCCAGUAACAUCCUCUUGGGUUUCUUAACACAUAGAAGGAAAAGCAUGUCCAGCAGCAUUGUCCUACCAGUGAAAACCUGUACUAAAGGAGUGUCUUUUCCAUCAAGAGUAGGGCCCCUUGGCCUCAAUCAAAAGUGACUGUACAGUCGGGGGGGGGGGGGAAUGCCAUAAAAAUAAAGCUGCUUGGCCCAGGCAUUUCCCCAUUCUGCCCUGAAGCCAGGAGGUGGAGGAGAGGCUUCCAUUUCCUCAGCACUAAGAUGCAGCUUGCCCAUACCACCAGGCCACCUGGCUUCAGUAAAAGCCUGUUUUUUUUGAUAGAAGGAAUCUAGAAGGGCUGUAGUGGUUCCCUGGUAGCAGCACAGACUGGAUAGUAAUGGCUAUUAGGGAAUGAAGUAGAAUCUGCCUGAGUUGUGGAAGGUUUAACAGCUGUCUCUCCUUCCCUUUGUCCUGACUCUGACAGUGAUUGUAAAGACUGCUCUCUUCCUUUGGUAGUGGUGCCAAGGAACGGGGUUUGUAUGACUGUGAUACUCUGUGUUUAGUAAAAACUAACUUUAAA